CUCCAACCCAUCCCAAUUUACCACCUCCCACCUCCCACCUCACACCUCACAACCACACCACAAACCCCACAAACACAAUGAGCACCCCAAAACAAGCAGUCGUCUGCGUCUUCUGCGGCUCCCGCUCCGGCACCUCCCCCGCCCACCUCGAAGCCGCGCGGGCCCUGGCGCACCAAUUCCACGCCCACAACGUCCAACUAGUCUACGGCGGCGGCACCGUCGGGAUCAUGGGCGAACUGUCGAAGACGCUGGUGUCGCUGUCAGGCCCGAAAGCCGUGCACGGGAUUAUCCCGCGGGCGCUGGUCGAGGUCGAAGAAGGAUACAAGACUCCCACCCCCACCUCCACUCCUACUCCCGGGAAUGGGGCUGCCUCCGGCGGAGCAGGCAAAGCGCCCGAGCGCGUGGGCGGGGGCGACACGAUGGAGGAGACGGAGUACGGGCAGGUGACGGUGGUGGCGGACAUGCAUACGCGGAAGCGGCUGAUGGCGCAGAAAGUGUUGGAGGGGGGGCCGGGGUCCGGGUUCGUGGCGCUGGCGGGCGGGUUCGGGACGAUGGAGGAGCUGAUGGAGGUGACGACGUGGAAUCAGUUGGGGAUCCACAAGGCCGGGGUGGUCCUGCUGAAUAUCAACGGGUACUGGGAUGGCGUGCUGCAGUGGGUGCAGGCGGCCGUGCAGCAGGGGUUCGUGAGUCGCGAGAAUGCGGGGAUUCUGGCCGAGGCAACCCGCGCGGAGGACGUGCUGCGCAUGUUGCGCGAGUAUCGCAUCAGUAGUGAUCGGAUGGCGUUGGAUUGGGGGCAGGAGUAGACGUCCUUUCGGGAAAGGGGUACGGCGGGAUGCAGUGGGGGGUAGAAUCGCAUUAUAGACUAAGGUAUAUAUCAUUAAAAUGCUAGGCCAAUGGAGCGGAUUCCUAUUUCA